AUGGCCACAAGUAUGGCACUCUACCAGGACAAGUUUGUGGAGAUCUAUGCGGAUCACAUCAAGAUCAAGUCCUACUACGCCCCUGUUUUUCGGUCCAAGCGAAUCAAUAUCGGCAAAGAGUGUCGAGUUUCUUUCGCCACUGAUGAGGAACUGGGCUUCACAAAGGUAGACAGAAAAGGCUGGGGAAUGGCGCUGAACAAUGUUUGGUGGGCUCUGGACAUGAGGCGGGAAUUCAUUUUCGGAGGACCCAAGCACCCGGGCAUCGUCAUCACCGUGGGCAGAGACACCUUUCGAAAAGGUUUCAGCGUUGAGGAUGGAGAAGCAGCCGUGAAAGUCCUCGAGGGCGCUGACCUGCGCAGUGCAGUGACACGGCUGGAAGCGCGGAUGCAUGCGCUGGAGGGCCAGAACCUGCGCUCCGAUCGACGUGCCGCAGAGCUGGCUGGUCUCACGCAGGCCCUCACUGAGGAGCAGCGCGCUCUGCUGAUCCGCUUGGAUCGGUUGGAGGACUUGAAGCGAAGAGACGCUUUGCAGGUUCCCGAAGAUCGCCUGGGACGCUUGGAACAGGAGCACCGAACCCUGGCCUUGGAACUACGUUUGACGGCGUCGGUGGCUGAGGAGGCACAGCAGAAGCAGCAGCAACGGAUUCGAUCGUUAGAGGAGUCCAUGGGUGCAAGGCUUCGAAAACUGGAGCAUGGAGGAGGAGAGAUGCAAGCUGAAACGGAUCCUUCAGGCCGUAGCUGGUGGCCAGAAGUGUCUAAGUCUCGGGCGAACGAUGAGGCCAAAGACGUCUCACGUGUUUGUGAUUCCCUGGAAGCGAAGCUGUGUGGUUUGACAGCCAGCGUGGAAGAGAUUCAGAAGCAGCUGGUAUCUGUCUCAAGGAGAUGUGAGGGUCCUUCGUUGUCAGUUCAGGUUGCUGAACCCGGAUCACCAAGCCUAGAAAAAGCAGGGGCAAUGCCUUUUGAAGACAAGUUGGAGCAGCUGGAGCACUUCUGUUUGGACCUCCGGGAAACUUUGGAGGACCGGCUCCUGCUGGUGCUGGCUGACCUCGAAAAGCAAGUCCCUGAUUUGCUACAGAAAUUCCAGCGGGAGUCGGCAGAUGGGGCUGAACGUGCUGAAAAACUGAAAGAGCUGGAGGUGAGGGUCGAGAUGUUCUGCCGCCGCAUGAGCACACAGGAGGAAAGGCGCGUCGGCGCCUCGUGGCUCUGCAGCUUCCAGAGGUGAAGUGAAACUUAGGGAUCUUGCAGGAUAUUCUCCAAGUGACCAUCAAACAAUAGAGAAUCUUGUUUUCUCAACUUGCCCAACCGACUUAAAAAAAGUUACUGUAUGUGUCUUGACGAUUCAAGGCAAAC